UUCAGCUCCGCCGCCUCCCGCAGCCGCCCGCCGGCUGCAGCCGCUGCCGGCCCCGGGGGCGCCCAUGGGGGGCUGCCGGGGGGAGCUCGGGGCCGCCCCGCCUGGGGCUGGGGGGUCCUCGCCCGUCCCCAUCACCGCCACGCAGCGCCGGGCUUGAGAGGGGCUGCGGGGGACUGCGGGGCUCGGCCCCCGGUGGCAGGAGGAUGGAGAACAAGGCCAUGUACCUCCACACCUUCGGCGAGAGGGAGAACGGCUCCAUCUUCGAGGAGCCCUUCGAGGGAAGGAACCUCUCCAAACUGAACCUCUGCGAGGACGGUGCCGGGCGCAGGAUGAAGGCGGCUGGGUGCUGCGGCCGGCUGGGCUCGCUGGCGGCGCUGAAGUACGCCGUGCUGGGGCUCUACCUCCUCGUCUUCCUCAUCCUCGUCGGAGUCUUCAUCCUCGCAGUCUCCCGGCCGCAGACGUCCCCCGAGGACCUGAAGGCGCUGCUGGGGAACGUGAACCGCCUCAACGAGAGCUUCAGGGACGUGCAGCUGAAGCUGCUGCACCUCCCUCUGAAGGGGGACGUGAUGGAUCACAUCUGGAGGCUGCAGGACCUCCUGCAGAACCACUCGGACUCCUUGUUCCUCAUGACGGGGUCGCUGCAGAAGCUGGAGGGGCUGCUCUGGAGCCUGCAGAGCCAGGCCAGCCAAACCGACCGGGCCGUGUCCAGCCUGUGGGACAGCCUGGCUCAGCAGAGCGACGCGGCGCAGCAGGAGAUGUACAAGCUCUCGGUGGAAGGCAACAGCAGCCGGCUGCUGCUCCAGCACCACGAGCACCUCCUGAGCCACCUCGGCAGCCGGCUGGAGGGCCUGAGCGACCAGGUGACGGCCGCCAGCGGGGCCGUGGAUGCCAUGAACAGGACCUUCUCCUACGACGUGAACGUCCACCGCGCCCGCAUCCAGGACCUGCGGGUGCUGAUCAGCAACGCCACCGAAGACGCGCGGCGGAUGCGCCUGGUCCACAUCGCCAUGGAGCAGCAGCUGAAGCACGAGCUGGCCAUCCUCAGCAACGUGACGGAGGACCUGCGGCUCAAGGACUGGGAGCACUCGGUCGCCCUGAGGAACAUCUCCGUGAUUCGGGGGCCCCCGGGACCCAAAGGAGACCCCGGCCACGAGGGGAUGGAGGGGGAGCCCGGCCUGCCCGGCCUGCCCGGGCUGCGAGGGCUGCCUGGGGAGAGAGGACCACCGGGACCGCGUGGCCUGAAAGGGGACCAAGGGGACCUCGGCCCUCCGGGUCCAGCUGGGAUGCGAGGAUUCAAAGGUGACCGAGGACCGAAGGGAGAGAAGGGGGACCGAGGCGGCGACGUGGCAGCCGAGGAGGGGCUGAUCCGCCUGGUGAACGGCUCCGGCCCCCACGAGGGGCGAGUGGAGGUCUUCCACGAGCGGCGCUGGGGCACGGUGUGCGACGACGGCUGGGACAAGAAGGACGGCGACGUGGUGUGCCGGAUGCUGGGCUUCCGAGGCGCCGACGAGGUGUACCGCAUGGCCCGCUUCGGCCAAGGCACGGGCAGGAUCUGGCUGGACGACGUCUCCUGCAAGGGGAGCGAGGACAGCCUGCUGCGCUGCGGCUUCUCCAGCUGGGGCAAGACCAACUGCGGCCACGCGGAGGACGCGGGCGUCAAGUGCCUGACACCGUGAGCGGGGACCCCCGAGAGGGGACGCCCCGAGAGGGGACACCCCGAGAGGGGACACCUCAAAAGGGGACACCUCAAAAGGGGACACCCUAACUGGGGACAUCCCGAGAGGGGACACCCCAAAAGGGGACACCCCAAGAGGGGACCCUCUAAUUGGGGACACUUUAUUUGGGGACACACCAAAUGGGGACACCCUAAUUGGUGACACCCCAAGAGGGAACAACCUGAGAGGUGACACCCUAAUUGUGACACCCUAAUUGGGGACACCCCAAGAGGGGACACCCCAAUUGGGGACACCCUGAGAGGGGACACCCUAACUGGGAACACCCCAAGAGGGGACACCCCAAAUGGGGACACCGAGAGGGGACACUCUAAUUGGGGACACUCUAAUUGGGGACACCCCCAAAUGGGGACACCCCAGGAGGGGGCACCCCAAUUGGGGACACUCUCGGGGUCACCAAGAGCUGGGGACACUCAAGCAGCCGGACCCUGCCCGGCCUGGCCCGCGCUUCCCGAAAUGUUUUAUCCGAGAAAUAAAAGCUUUUUUGGUCCCCCCA